AUGAAGCCUCACCCUACUCCACCUGCUACCCAGUUGGCUUUAUGUCUAUACAGACCAGCACACAGGUGCACAUUUUUGACUGUUGGAGAUCUCUUUGGGGUUGGAAAAUCAACUGCGCACAUAAUUUUUCAAGAUGUUUGUAAGGCCAUUGUGGAAUGUUUGUGUGGGAGAUAUGUUUACCUGCCAAGAAAUCUGCGAGGGCGGAGUCAAGAACUGGAAUGUUUUCUGGCAAGUUGGGAUUUUCCUUGUGUUGGGGCAUGGGAUGGAUUCCAUAUUUACAUAAGCACUAAACGUAAGAACUUUUACAGUUACAAGAAGAUGCAUACAGUUACAAACAUGGGAUUCAUUGGGUAA